GCGGAGGAUGAGCUGUCAGACUGUGUCCAGUACUUCUUCGCAUUCGAUAUUCAUUCCGCGAGUGUUGCUGGAAUUUAUUAAAAUUCUAGAUUGGUUGUGCUUUGCAUUCCUUCGCAUUUCAGUUCGAUAGUUACUACACACCUCAAGCAUCAAAAUGACUAAUCUGACCGAAGAUCAAUUGGCUGAAUUCCAGGAGGCGUUCAACCUGUUCGAUAACCGUGGCGAUGGCAAGAUCCAGCAACAGCAGAUCGGCGAAUGUUUGCGAGCGCUCGGCCAAAACCCGACCGAGUCGGAUGUAAAGAAGUUCACGAUGCAGCUGAAACCGGACGAGCGCGUAUCGUUCGAAGUGUUCCUGCCCAUCUAUCAGGCCAUCUCGAAGCAGCGUACGGCCGAAACGGCCGAUGACUUUAUUGAGGGUUUGCGUCACUUUGACAAGGACGCGAGUGGUUUCAUUUCGUCUGCUGAGCUGCGCCAUCUGCUGACGACGCUCGGCGAGAAGUUGGGUGAUGAUGAGGUAGAACAGCUGCUCCAAAACCAGGAGGAUUCGCAAGGAAAUGUCAACUACGAAGAGUUCGUCCGGAUGGUGAUGAGCGGUUAGG